GCUACCUUUCCAUUAAAUAAAUGUAACAAAAUAAAGUUUAUUUUUAUUUCAAUAAGAAAAAUAAGAGGAAGUUCAAUAUCAACUUCUCAUUUUUUAAUAAUAAGACAUUGGUCAGUCUGUGCCGGCAUCAAACCCCAUGGCAGCCCUCAUACUGAUGCCUUUACUCUGUAAGUACCAUUCAUUCCAUUAGUCUCUUAUCAGCUGAAGCUUCUGUACCACAAUAUGUUCCUAUAAUGAUAUAUUUAUCCAGUAUAAGGGAUCCCAGACACACAUGUACGGAUAGAGCAGGAGCUACUGCAAAUAACUGGCAGCUGUGGGGACCUAUUUAUUGUCAUUUCUUAUCACACUCAGGUGACUCCCUAAAUUGUAGCCAUUGGCAUUAGAGGGUGUAACAUUUAGAAUAUCUGCUCUGUGGUACAAUGAGUGGGUUGUGGGAUAACAUGGAGUAUUUCCCAUGAAUAUUUCCUAUGGACUUUAUCUUUCCUUGUCAUGUUUAUGUGCCGUGUGGCAAUGGGAAGAGAGGAGGAAGCAGCCACUGAGGAAUCUUAUCUCACAGGUACAUAAGCCCAGAGAUCUUUGUCUGAAGCACCAAUCAGAUGGCAGGAGCUGCUGUGAGACCUAAGAUUUCUCUCUCCCCAAACUGGACCCCAAUAUUGACUGAUGAAUCUGUAAUUUUGACCUGUAAUGUGGCUCCUACUGCCCAAGGGAACCUGGACUAUUCCUGGUACAGGGGUGAACGCCAGAUACAAGAUGGGGAUCAUCAGAAUCUUGUCAUUCGGUCUGCCAGUAUGUCAGACAGUGGGAAUUACCAGUGCCAGGCUGGUGCCAGUGAGAGAAGUGACUCUGUUAUACUGGAUGUGAGAGAUGAUCAGCUCAUCCUGCAGGCACCCCCUGCUGUUCAUGAAGGAGACUCCCUGUCUCUCAGGUGUCACAGUCGGCCUAAAUAUAAAACAAGGAACUCAGUAUUUUACAAGAACAAUGAGAUAAUUGAGUCCCCAGUCAGUGAGUCUGAGUUACACAUAGGAAGAGUGGAUGUUACUGCGUCUGGUACUUACAGAUGUGAAAGUGAAAUACUUUAUUAUGGAGACACAACUUAUAGAGCCCAUACAGCUUAUCGUAUCAUUUCUGUCGAAGAACUGUUCACCCUCCCACAAAUAAAGGUGAUUCCAGAUCAGGUGACAGAAGGAGAUCACAUGACCAUAACAUGUGACACAGAGCUCAGCCCACACAGAGAGACUACAGAGCUACAGUUUGUUUUCUACAGAAAUGGGCACAAUGUGCAGGGAUUCAGUUUAUCCAACCAAUAUGGAGUCCCCUCAGCUCAGCUGGAGGAUUCUGGGAAUUAUACCUGUGAGGUACAAACUACAACCGGCAGUGUGAGGAAGAGGAGCAAUAGGAUGAUCUACAAGAUACAGGAUGGAAACCAAACAGGAGCUGUGCAAAAUACAGUGAGACUGGUAUUGUCUGGAGUUAUAUUCAUCAUUAUAUUGUGUCUUCUCUUCUACCACAAAAAGACAAUGGCAGUGACAUAUUCCCAGGAGACAGAGGAGAAUGGAGGAGAGAUCAGGAAUGAGGGAGAAUGUUCUAUAUAAUGGCUGCUAUGCCUGAAUCUUACUUGUAAAGGUUCCGUCUAUGAUGAUAUCAGUGUCCGUCAGGCCAUGAAGAUGCUCCUCAGCAAAUACUCACGUUGAAUAGAAACAGGAAAGCUCAUUAUUAUUAAUAUUUUCAUUAUUAUUAAUAAGGCAUAUUUAUAAAAGUGGCAACAUUCUGCUGAAGAUUUGUUCAAACCAUUUCUCUGUAUAUAAAACCUAAAUUACUUUUUGGAUUCCCCAGAUAGAAAUAAAGUUAUUCCCUCUGGUUCUUUA